AUGUCUGCCGUUGCAGCUGCUAUAAACAACCGAAGCUGUGUAAAGGAUGCUGAUCGAAUCAGCAACUUGCCACUAGAUUCAACUCAUAAAAUCCUACAACGUUUACCACUAAAAGAAGCCGCUAAGACAAGCGUGUUGUCGCAACAUUGGAGGUUUCAAUGGGCCUCUAAUCAACAACUCAUACUUGAUGAGUCAUUUUGUAAGAGCAUCCAAGAGGGAAGAAACGAAUCUGCGGAUAUCUCAUUGAUUUACUCAAAUGUUGUCAACAAAAUAAUACUUAGUCAUGUUGGUCCGAUAUCUAAGUUCGUGCUUUACGUUCCCUCUUGGUUUCCGGGAGAAACAUACAUAUGGAUACGGUGUGUCUGUGCCCAUGACGUAAAGGAGCUCACUCUGGUGUUUGCUCCUCCUCUACUAAAGAAUUUGCCUACAUGUUUGUUUAGUUGUUCGGGCUUGACACAUUCGACCCUCAAAAGAUUCAAACUCCUCUCUCUACCUCCAACUUUUACGGGCUUUCCAUGUCUAAUCCAUCUUGAAAUUGAAGCUAACAGGUUUGAAUGUAUUGAUGCAAAAAUGUUGGAAUCUUGUAUUUCAAGAUGCCCACAGCUAGAGAGCCUCCAUCUAAUGAUUUAUGAGCCGGUGAAUAAUUUGACAAUACUUGCUCCAAAACUUAAGGAUUUGCUUGUGAGAGGCUGCCUUAAUAGUUUAUGCAUAAAAGGAGCGAUGCCUACUAUAAAAUCAGUAGUCUUGGAUAGUGGUUUGUAUCAUAGCGACAGCAUGAACAAGAUCAUCAGUUCCUUGGCAAGUGUUGAGAUGCUCGUUCUUGGGACAUUUGUUUGGCAGUACUUCCAUCGUUAUAAUCCUCCAAGAAAUUUUCCAAUAAAAUUUGGACAAUUGCGAACAUUGAACAUUGUAGAUAUAUAUCUACAUACUCAAUCCCAAUUUUCUUUUGUUCUUUACUUGUUCGCGAGCUCCCCAAAGUUAGAGCGCCUAUCCAUUCAAGUUAAAGAAACUAAAAACGGCAAUGAUGCUCAAAUCAAACGCUCUUUCAUCUUUGAAAGCCUUAGAAAAGUGAAACUCAGUCGUAUAUCAGGUUGGAGAAAUGAGCUACAGCUAUUGGAAUAUAUUCUAGCCCAUUCUCCAGUUCUUGAGGAAAUGACUAUUGAGCUCAGUACGAAUAUAGCAGGAGCUGAAGAAAAGUUUAAUUUCGCAACGGAGGCAAUGCGAUAUCGUCGAUCCUCACCUAAUGCUGAGCUAAAAAUCAAGACUAAGUAA